GGACAAAUCGCCUGUCGGUCGGAACAGUCUACCCCUUUAGCUUUGGAAGACAGACGCUGACAGCGUUCAAACGUCAUGAUGAUGUACUUGGUUCUUUGCUUGAAUUUGCUGGUGAUUCUUCAGCUGCAGUUGAUCUCCAGCGCUAAAGGAAAGGGUCCACCCGGUCCGAAUCUUUGUGACACUUGCGGAUGUGUUCCCGGUACCCCAGGGAUCCCAGGCAACCACGGAACACCGGGAAAUCCAGGGACCCCUGGAAAUCAUGGCUUACCCGGACCAAUCGGCAAAACUGGUUUAACGGGAAAGAAGGGGGAACCUGGAAUUCCGGGACCACCUGGCCUGCCCGGGCUAUCAAACUGGAAACAGUGUGCCUGGAAGAACGUAAACAGCGACCUGGACAACGGAAAAAUAUCUGAGUGCUCAUUUAUCAAAAAGAACAGCAAUACCCACCUCCGGGUUGUCUAUCAGGGAAACAUGCGGGUUAUUACGAGCGGUACUUGCAGCCGGUGGUUCCUUACGUUCAACGGUGCAGAGUGCUCCAUGCCAAUUGACACUGCGGUUUACUCUGGCGGAGCGUGGAACAUCAUUCGUACAGCCACCAUUGAGGGCUACUGCUCAGGAAUCUCUAAGGGCUCUGUGAAUGUGGCGCUCAACGUGGGACCCUGCGGUGGUGGGUACUCUCCGGGAAAUGCGUACACAGGCUGGAACUCGGUCAGUCGGAUCAUCGUGGAAGAAGUGGAACCACCCCAGUAAACUCAACAUGAGAAUCUCUUCGCGUGUUUUUGGAAGACGUUUGCGCUUGUGUGUGUACUUGUAGAUUAGUAAUGAUGCAAUAAACACAGUCGAGAAGAGAUACAAAAAGUGAAAA